CUCGAGAUACAUAUCAAGCAUGAGGACAUAUCAAAUAUUUCGUUACCCUCUCUGGGCUACUCUCUACUGCUUAAUUUAUAUAGUUUUAUCAGCUGACGAAGAUUUGGCUGACUUUGAUUUUGCCAAUCCCAAAGAAAUCGAUUGGAAUUAUGAUACUGAACAAAUUGGUGACCAAACACAUAAUACUGCGGGGCAAAGUUAUAUAAAAUCAUCGGAAACAAUCGUUAAUUCUGAAGAGGAAAACCAAAUCUAUCCAUUCGAUUGGCGAGAGAAUAUUUUGAAAAAUGCUUUGUCGAAAGCAUUGACGAAUGCUGCAUUGCGUCAGAAAUUUGUUGAAGUUAUGCCGAUAUUACGAGUACUGUCAUCUCAACAGCGCCUAGCAUUGUCCGCCCUCAUAUCAGCACAAAUAAGUGCCAAAGGAAGCAAUGGACUCAAAUUACAACAGGUUCAAAUGAUGUUCGGUAACGACGAAAAAUUGUUAUUGCCGAUUGUAUUUGAUAUUGCAAAUCUAGUACGUAACUCGGCACGCAAAUAUUUGGGCUUCGAACUUGACGUACCAACGCACAAGCCAAACGAGCAACAUAUCACUAUCGACCGGCGCAUUGACGAUUUAUAUACCGUAGAAUUGGCUGAAUUUGACAACAACACAAACAGCGAAUCGGCAUUAGACGACUUUUUCAGCGAAACUGGUGAGGAGAUGUUAGAUCCGCAAAGUAUAAAUGAGGAAUUACAAGCAGCCGCCAAUAAAAGAGCAGCGUCGCCUAUUAAAACAAAAAAUAUAAUUUCUUGGAACACAAAACCAACAAAUAUAAGUUCCACAAUAGCAUCCCCGAACCGAACUAAGCGGGAAGUUGCGGCGCCUGAGUUUGUCCACAAACUAGUUCGUUCAAUGCCACUUUCAAUCGAUAAAGACAACAAUAGUCCCGACGUUGCCGAAAACAAUAUCAAACUAAACACGUCUGGCUUUUUUAGUUCCAAAGAUCUAAGUAGUGAUCCUUUUCCCGGAAGCACCACUACAAUGGAAACUUUUUUACCCAUAAAUGAAAACAAACAAGUUACCGGUAGUCAAUUGCCAUCUACACAGUCAUAUCAAGAAGUUGAGGAUCUCGCGUUUGCCAGUUUGAACGGAACGGCGGUUAAUUUGCAAGUCGCUACGGAAACGCCAAUUACCGCUUUGGACGAACUAUUACCAAGUCCCGAGGAACUUAUAGCAGGGCCACGAUAUCGCAUUUCCAGCAAUAAAAUGCCAUCCGGCCGACCUAAACCACCAACUGUAAAACGAAAACGCGUACAAGUUUCGCGCAUGCGUUCAAAAAUAGCAGCACAGAACAGCAUUGGAAGAGGUGGCAAUGGUGUUGCACCACCAAAAAAAUGCGAACGGUUUACUUCCUCUAUGUGUAUUCGAACUGAAGAUUAUCCGCUGUAAGACCCCAAUUCCUCUUCACAAAAAGCACAUUAAAAAAUUAAGCUCUAAUCUCUGAUUGGGGAAAGGUGUAUUUAUUUUGUAUAAUUGAGUUCUCUAAGUCCUAUUAUUUUGACAACGGUGCAGUAUUUUAGUUUACUAAUAAAUAUAAAUAAUUGGCUUGGUUUUGUUCUUUGCCAUUAAAUAUUAUUAAAUCGAACGUUAGCACAUUUGUAAUGGGUUCCCUUGUUGCACUUCUUUCUUCGCUUGAUCUCACUACUACCACUUAAGUAUUUUUGUAAAAAAGUUGACUGUUCACAAAUUUUUAAUCUGACCAAAACAA